AUGAGCAGCGGCGCGGCUAACGAGCCGGGCGUCUGCAUCUCCAGAGUCCAGAGGAGGCGCUGGAGGGCCGGCAGCCGCGCAUGCGCACAGCGGCGCGCUCUCCACAUGUGGCCGCGGCGGCCCGCUCCACGACAGUCGCCGACGGCCCGCCUUCGGCUGCAGCGGCUUUCUGUAUACUGUCGGAGAUUGCUUCCUGCUUACACUCCGUACCGUGACUUGCUGCCGGUAUACAACGGACCAACUUGGCCCGGUUCUGCGCCUUGUAGCUUAACUGGCGCUUUGCUGAAGCCACAAUGGCGAGCAAGCAGGUGCCUCGCGCCGACACAGUGGACGGCGGCUGCACGCCGCGCACCACACGCAGCUUGCUCACCAGCAAGCGACGCGCGCGUCUCGUGCGAUCCGAGCGCGUGUCAGAACACCACAGCUUCGCCUGGGACAUCAUCGUCCGAGAUUCACUGCUGCACAUCGCCUGGCCCAUGUCACUCAGUACCGAUGAGCACCGCAACGUCCGGCUCAGGCUAUGGCGAGAAUGUUGAAAGAUGAAGAGAUACUGGAGUUACUCGUGGAGGAUUUACCAUCUGACACCGAUACGCCU